AUGUCUGGUGUUUGUAAAUUUUGGAAUCAAGUGAGUUUGGGAGAUUUUUUGUGGAAAAUCAUAUUUCAGAGAGAGUUUGGAACAGUAGAUUGGUUUUUAGAGAAAUUGAAUCGUAAUUUGAAGAAUUCAAGCGCUCAUCUAUCAUUUAAAAUUUGUGCCGUGCCUUCCAGGAAUCGUGGGCAUGUCUCUGAUUAUAUCAAGACGAAAGAAAGGCCUUCUUACAAGAUUAUUACACACAAACAUCCACAUUUCUGCAAUUACGAUAGCCGUUUUUUUGGCUAUGACACUGAUUCUGAAGAUGAAGAGCAAGACGAACAAGAUGAAUAUGUAGCAAGUAAGAACAACAAGAAUGUCAAAGAGCAAACAAAGAAACACAUUGUGGAGAAAAGAAGUGUAGCGGAAAUGUCAACCAGUCAUGAUGAAUCAUCACCGAUUACUCUUGUUCUCGUUCAACAAGUUCUUGAAGAUUGUUAUGGUGAAAAUAGAUUUUGGUUGAGUUUGUUCAAGUUGGUCGUUUCCAUGAUUCCAAUUCAGAAUUAUAAAAUGAUGACUGAAAAACAAAUUGUACAACCUUUACAGAAGGAAGAUGACGACGACGAGGAUGAUGAAGAGGACGACGAAGAAGAAGAAGAGGACGAUCAAGAAGAAGAGGAUGAAGAUGAAAAGGAUGAUACGACUUCUCAAAACACUGCUUCUGAUCUCUUUUUCAAAAAAGACUACAUGGCAAAGAAAGACGAAGAAGAAGACGACGAACGUAUGCAACGUCUUGUUUCACAAAACUAUUGCUACUUUACUGUAAGAUUUGAGAAAAUGUUAGAUGAUAUUUUUGCAAAAGAUUCUGAGAGUGCAACAACACUGCACAAUGCUUUAUAUUUGGAUAUCAAGACUCACAAACUUGCAGUCAUUUUGAGCAUUUUCGAUCGACAUGGAAUGAUUUUAAAUUAUUUUGGAUCCAACUCUUCCACAACACAGAAAUAUUUGAACAAGAUCACAUAUGAAUUGGCAAUUCAUGCUCAAAACAUCCGAAAGUAUGUCAUGACGCAGAGGAAAAAGCCAGCACUUCCUCGAACACCAUACAUUUCUGAAUGUGAUCAGAUGUGUGUUGGUUUGAAAGACUCUCAUCAUUCCAUUUCCAUUUUGAAAUUUUGUUAUUCCAUUUUAUGUGACAAGGAGGACACUAUUUAUCAACCAACCAAAGAGAAUUCUUCUGCGACGGUGACACAAAAAUUGGACUCAGAUGAUGACGUCAAAAUACCACCAGAAAAGAAUAUUGCUGUUGGUCCCUUAACUGAAGAUGCAUUCAUGCCGUUCGUUAAAUAUAGAUUAAUGGACCAACCAGAGUUUGAUAAUUAUGCGUAUGGAGUGACACGCGUGGUUGCCAGUAUGGAAGGACAAUGGCAAAGAGCUCACUUUGCGUCAAGUAAGCCAGGAUGGUGUUGUGGAUUUUGGAAUGCCAAUUUUUAUUGGUAUCGCGUGGCUCGUUUUCAAACCGCGAUUGACUUUAGUGCAACACGCAUUAUUUUGAGAGUGGAACAGAAUCAAUCUGACAUUUUACAUAAUUUGUGUUGA